AUGGCUUCAGACGGGAAGAUCACAGUGUCCGAGGUGGCCAAACACGCCACACCGGACGACUGCUGGAUAGUAGUCAAUGGCAAGGUCUAUGAUCUGACCAACUUCGCCCCUGAGCAUCCAGGCGGUGCAUCAAUCGUCUACCAAUACGCUGGCAAAGACGGCACAAAAACAUACAACAUGUACCACUCCGCCGACCUCAUCGAGCAAAACCUCUCCGACUCGGACAAAAAAGGGCCUCUUGAUGAAUCCACCAUCACGCAAACCUGGCUCGACGCGCAAAAAGAAGAGGAGCAAGUCGAAGCCGACCCCAACGAGAAACCGCCUCUCUCCACCCUCAUCAACCUCGAAGACUUCGAGCUCGCCUUCGAAAAGUCCGGCGCGAAGAAAGCCUGGGCCUACAUCCACGGCGCCUCCAACGACCUGCACUCCCUCAACGCUAACAAGUCCGCCUGGGGCAAACUCUGGUUCCGCCCACGCAUCAUGCGCAAAGUCCGCGACAUCAACACCAAAAUGUCCAUGUUCGGCCAACCUUCCGCGAUGCCCGUCUGGAUCUGCCCCAUGGGCAUCGCCAAAACCGCCGGGGAAGAAGGCGAGCGCGCUCUCGGCGGCGGCGCAGCGAAAGGCGGCAUAAUCCACUGCAUGUCGACCUCCUCGUCCAUGCCGCCGGAGGAUAUCGUAACGGCCGCGCCAAAAACGUACCCUUUCUUCUUCCAACUCUACGUCGACCGCACGCGCGAGAAGACUGAAGCUCUGCUCGCUCGUCUCAACCAGCUGGACCAAGUGAAAGCCCUCUUCGUCACUGUCGACCUCCCCGUCGUCAGCAAACGCGAAGCCGACGAGCGCAUCCGCCAGCCGACGCUCAAAAUGAGCAAUUACUUCGGCGACGCGAAUAAAUCCUCCGUCGACAAGAUCGGUGGCGGUCUGGCACGAACUACUGGAAACUUCAUCGACAAUACGCUGAACUGGGAGGACCUGGCGUGGUUGCGGAAACACACGCAUUUGCCUAUUGUGGUGAAGGGGAUCCAGAGCGCCGAGGACGCGAAGAUUGCGAUGCAGAUGGGUUGUGCGGGGAUUGUGAUUUCGAACCAUGGGGGCAGGGCGUUGGAUAAUGCGCCGAGUACGUUGAUGGUUUUGAUGGAGUUGAGGAGGGAUUGUCCCGAGAUCUUUGACAAGAUGGAGGUACAUAUUGAUGGUGGCGUGAGGAGGGGAAGUGAUGUGCUGAAAGCUAUCUUGCUGGGCGCGAGAGGAGUUGGGGUGGGAAGGCCGUUCCAGUGUGCGGUGGCGUAUGGGACUGAAGGGGUGGAACACGCUUGUGAGCUGCUGCAAGAUGAGGUCGAAACAGCGAUGCGCCUCUGCGGCGUCACGGACCUGGAGAAGGCGAGGGGCGAUAUGUCGUACCUCAACUGCGCGGAGCUGGAGCCGAUGUUGCCGCCGCGGCCGAGUACGGGGUCGUGGUUGUUCGGACGGUUGAGGGCGAGACUGUGA